ACCAGUCUCAGUCAAAACCAACGAUAUCCAGCUGUUGCAGAGAAGAUUUAGGAAACGUGGCCUUAACUGAAGCAGAACCUAGAUGAAUGAGAAACAAAAAGUGUUCUCAAACAGCAUAUAGACAGCGCGUUCUCUGAAGGGUUGCUGAACAACAAGCAACAAUGGCUGAUGUUGACCAAGCAUCGGCUUUACCGACUGAAAUUCCAUCCACCCUGGACGGCCUGAAUGCAACUGACUCCAACGGUACCGACGCCGUGAACGCCACGGUGGCCAAGUUUGUGGCAACACCAGAGGGCACCGCGCUGGCAUAUGGAAGCCUCGUAUUCAUGGCCCUGCUGCCCAUCUUCUUCGGAGCUCUGCGGUCCGUCAACUGUUCCAAAGCCAAGGUCAAUGGAGAAAAUGGUGCGUACCGCAAUGCAUCAGACAUGCCAGAGACCAUCACCAGCAGAGAUGCAGCCAGGUUUCCCAUCAUUGCCAGCUGCACCCUUUUUGGCCUCUACCUCUUCUUCAAGAUCUUCUCCCAGGAGUACAUCAACAUGCUGCUCUCCAUGUACUUCUUUGUCCUGGGGAUCCUGGCCCUGUCGCACACGAUGAGUCCAUUCAUGAACCGGGUGUUUCCUGCCAAUUUACCCAUUAAGCAGUACCAGCUGCUCUUCACUCAGGGCUCAGGCGAGACCAAAGAAGAGAUCGUCAACUAUGAGUUUGACACCAAGGACCUGAUCUGCUUGGCCAUCAGCAGCGUGGUGGGAGUUUGGUACAUCCUCAAAAAGCACUGGAUCGCCAAUAACCUGUUUGGUCUGGCGUUCGCCCUGAACGGGGUGGAGCUCUUGCACCUGAACACUGUCAGCACUGGCUGCAUCCUGCUGGGGGGGCUGUUUGUGUACGACGUCUUCUGGGUGUUUGGGACCAACGUCAUGGUAACUGUGGCCAAGUCUUUUGAGGCUCCGAUCAAGUUGGUGUUUCCUCAAGACCUGCUGGAGAGGGGGCUGGACGCCAGCAACUUUGCCAUGCUGGGGCUUGGAGACAUCGUCAUCCCUGGCAUCUUCAUUGCUCUGCUGCUCAGGUUUGAUGUCAGUUUGAAGAAGAAUUCCAGGACCUACUUCUAUGCCAGCUUCCUGGCCUACAUCUUUGGUCUGGGCCUCACCAUCUUUGUCAUGCACACCUUCAAACACGCCCAGCCUGCCUUGCUGUACUUGGUGCCAGCAUGCAUAGGCUUCCCAGUGGUGGUGGCUCUGCUGAAGGGAGAACUCACCGAGAUGUUCAGCUAUGAGGAAGUCUCUCCAGAAGAGGCAGCAGCAAAAGAAGAGGCCGAAUCUGAGAAGAAGGAGCAGUAAACUCCAUCCUCCCAGCUCCCCUGCCUCCCACACCAGCUUUUUCCUUCUCUCCCCUCCUCGCUAUUUCAUUCCCUCCUUCACUGCCACCACAUUUCUGUUCCUUAAAUACACAGUGGGAGGGGCUCGUGUUGCCCAUGGAUACAGCCGACCUGCUGUCUAAUAGUUUUGACUACGGGAUGUUUUCUAGUGCGUAAAGUGGUUUGUUACAGAUGUACAACAGCUUAUUCUGUGCCUCGUGUAUCCUUCAUGUUUCUCUUUCUGAUUCAUCCAUUUUGCCUUUGUCUGUUCUCAUUUGAUAUUUUCAUGUAUAACGUUAUUUUGAAAGGCCAGAAUUUUAAAAUGGGUUAUUUAAGUGGCAUAGUUACUUUAGGAGCGGGAAGCUGCUGGCCACAAAGCAUUUCAGAUUGUCUAGUUGGGUCUGAUCUCAGUGGUCUGUCAACCCCUCAGCCAGUGAGCGACGUGUGUGUGUGUGUGUGUGUGUGUGUGUGAGAGAGAGGGAGAGAGUGCAGCAAGAGGGGGUUAGAAAGUGUAUGUCCUCCACUCUGUACUCUAAGUCCACCCUGCCAUGAAACCUUCAUCAAGAUCUCAGAUUUGCCUCACAUAGUCUUCGAUACUGAAAUGGAAACUGUCUGAAAUUGAAAUAUGAGGGAUCAUUCUGUCUUCUUGAUCUGCUAUGACAUCACCUGUGUGUUAUAGUAUGGAGAGUGUCUGAUAAGUAGAGCAAGUACUUGACUGAUUGGGUGUAUCAGAGGACAGUCUGUAGGGGGAGACAGUCUCCUCCAAGACCAAAGGGACCAAUGAACCUCUGAGCUCGGCUGUGACCAGGGGCCUGGCAAAACUCUAGAAUGCCAUCUUCCCUCGUUGGACAAAUCCCUGAUGCAUCGUGUACGCUUUGGUGACAGCUGUGUGAAAAGCUCUGCAGUUACCCAGCAAAUUAGUACGAUGACAGGAUCUGCGGGGGGGGGGGGGGGGGGGGGGGUUGGGGGGUACUGUUUAAAAAUGAAUCCCAGUUGUCAUUUCCCAUUACCAGGCCUCAAAUCUGACCUCUUUCUGGAGGCCAUCACAGAACUGUGGAAAGUUUAAGACCUAUCCAAACACAGUUGAUUACUUUUAGCAUGGAAUGAUAGUUGACCUCCGGUCGGUCUGGUUUCAUGCUCGGGCCAUUCUGGAGAGCAGUGUUGCUACCAGGAGGAGAGCAGACUCAUGGUGGUUGAGUUGUCUGAAGAGAAUUUUUGGUUUUGUAUAAAUAUAGUGUUCAUCUGUUGAAGCUCAUGCUCCCUCUGCUUGGUGAAAUCCAUGCAACCCAUCAUUGUUUUAAGUAAAUGAACCAUGAUCUGUUUUCUCUUGGGUCUGUACUCUGGUCCCACAUCUGUUUUGUUUACAAUAAAUGUUCUUGUCAAGCAGA